AUUUGCCGCCGCCAGAUCGUCCCGGGCGCGAGCACUGCCGCAUCCUUCCAUUGACGCCACAUUGAGAUGAGGUGCCCACAUGUUGCAAGGUAAUGAGGAAAGGAGUGCCAACGUCAUCGAUGGCAAUGCCUUGAAUUCUCGGCCAUUGACCGUGGAGUCGUUGUUUCUGCAUUUUGGAAGUUGCCAAGCUCUUUGCCCGAGUCUACUUAAAGGGGUCGACAGCCAUCUUGUCUGACUAUAUAGCCGGUGCGCUGUGCCACUAAUAAUACUGUCAAUUGAAGAGCACCAACUCAAGAGCACCAACUCAAGAGCACCAAUCCAAGAGCACCAAUUCAAGACCACCGAUACAAUGAAAUUCCUUUGGUUCACCCUUGCCAGCCAGUCUCUCGUGUUCAAGGCGUAUGGCCUUGAGCAUUGGCUGUAUAGCAGUCCUCUCGAUAACGCCACAAUGAAUAUCCUCGAAAGAGUCGAUGAUCUCGUUGGCGUCCAGUCCCUUUACAGCUGGAAGAGCCUCGAGCCGGCCCAGGGCGAGUACAACUUCACCGCUCUCGAGGACGAUUUCGCACGAGUGCGCGCCAAGGGGAAAAAGUUCUGGGUCCAGCUCCAAGACCGGAGCUUCAGUCCCCAGUACGACCCCGUGCCGUCCUACCUAAAGACGCCCUACUACAACAACGGCAGCGCGCCAACAUGUGACGGCGAGAACUGCGCGGCAAAGUUUACGGUCAACGGCUCCGUGGCGCAGCAGUGGAAUCCCCGCGUUCGGGAGCGCUUUCAGGCAUUGCUGUCGGCCAUGGCAGCGAAGCUCGACAACCGCAUCUACGGCAUCAACCUCGCCGAAACAUCCAUCGAGGUUGACCACAAAAGCAACAACUACUCUGACGAGGAUUACUUCCGCGGCUCGCUCGAGAACGCUGCCUACGCGAGGUCCGUCUUCAACCACUCGCACGUUGUGCAGUACAUGAACUUUUGGCCCGACGGCUGGGGUAAUGCCAAGGACCGCUUCAAUACGUCAUUCGACUUUUUGGCAAAACACAACGUGGGUGUCGGUGGGCCGGACUUGAUUCCUUUCAAGCCAGGACAAGAGAACAACUCGUACCGCUUUAUCCGGGCGUAUCAUGACCGUCUGCCCAUCACUGUCGUGGCCGUGCAGGAGCCAACUUUGAAGGAAGAAAACCCAUAUACGCACAAGCCGUUCACAAAGGCCGAAUUUGUGGACUAUGCAGAGAAAAACCUAAGCGUGAGCAUCAUUUUUUGGGCCACCACCUCGCCCUGGCUUCUGGAAGCGACUAAUAAGACUCUGUGAUGGAGUUUCUGGGCUGAGUUCCAUGCCAAUCAAGAUCAGACUAGAUUAGACUAGUGAGGGUAAAAGAAUCAACGACGUGGACAAGG